AUGAACGAGUAUAAUAGUAUAUAUAAUAAAUCCAAGUGUCAUAAUAUUUCUGUAUCUAAGGGCACAAGUCGAAUUUUUAAAAAAAUCAAAACAAAAAAUAAUUAUAAUUGCUUACCUAUAAAAAAAGAAAUACAUAACCAACCUGAUGGUAAUAAUAAAAGGAAUAUAUCUGAUAAAAUUAUUUCCGAAAAUGAAAAGAAAAUGCUAAUAAAUAAUAAAAAUAAUAAGAAUAAAAAAAAUAAUAAUAAUUAUGCAUUAGAUAUAUUGAAAGCUAUUGAGGAAUAUGAAAAAAAUGAGAUGGCAAAUUCUCAAGUACAUAAUGAAAAUGUGGAAAAUAUAAAAUUAGAAAGAAAUGAAAUAGAUUACGAAAAGAAAUGUUAUUCAAAUGAUAAGGAGAGAAACGAAGAAAAUAAAAAAAUAAAUAAUUAUGAUAAAAAUAUACAAGGUAUUAAAAUAGAAGAAGAUACAAUUGAAUAUAAGAAAUUAAAAAAAUAUGAUGUUGAAAAGAAUAAAGUAAAAAGAUUAGAAUUAGUAAUAGACAUUGAAGAAUAUAAUGAUAAUAAAUUAGACAAUGAGAAUUUUUUACAAAAAGAUUAUACAAAAAAUAUAUCAUCUAAUGAAAAGAAAUAUUAUUAUAAUAAUUAUAUUUUUAAUGAUGAUUUAUAUAAUAGUAAAUUAAACUGUCUAACAAAAACAUUAGAUUUUUUGGCAAAAGAAGAACAUAUGAAUCCUAAUAGAAAUUUAGAUGAGAAGCAUGAUAAUGAAAGUGUUUGUGUUAUUGAAAAAAGAACUAUAAAAAAUUCUUCAUCAUGUGAUGAAAAAGAAAUUAGUGAAAAAAUUAAUUUAAAAGAUAACUAUGUUUUUUUUAAUAAUACAGAGAAAAACAAAAAUAAGUUGAAAGAUAAAAAAAAUACAAGUAAAAGAAAAAAAAUGAACCUCUCCAAAACAUAUGACAAUGAUCAAACGGAGAUAUAUAAAAAAAUUAAAAAAAUUAACAAUAAGAAUGAUAAUUAUAAUCAUAUAAAUGAUCAUGAAAAGUUUAGUGUUAAAAGUAACGUGAAUUCUACAACAAGACAAAAUAAUAAUAAUAUCAAAAAAAUUAAAAAUAAUCAUAAUAAUAAGUCAAUUAAUAAACCUAGUAAUUAUUAUAAUAGUAGGUCUAGUAGUAAAUCCGAUUUUAAUAUGAAUAGUAACACAACAAGUACACAAAAUAGUUACAGUAGUAUUUAUAAUAAUGAUAAUAAUAAUGAUAGUUGUAUUAGUAGUAAUAUUAAUCAUAACAAUGAUUGUAAUGAUAAUCAUAAAAAUGAUUGUAAUGAUAAUUAUAAUAAUAAUAAUAAUAAUUGUAAUGAUAAUUUUAAUAAUAAUUGUAAUAAUAAUUGUAAUGAUAAUUUUAAUAGUAGUAAAGUUCCUUCUAGUAAUUAUAACAAAAUUAUGAAUUGUAAAAAUUAUGUAAAUUCAAAUAAUGAUAGUACAAAAAUACAUAUAGGUAUAAAAGAAGAAAAAAAAUAUAUUAUGAAACAAGAAGAACAUUUAGAAAAUUUUAUUAAAAAUAAUAGAAUAUAUAAUGAUUCAGGUUGUUAUGUUAUAGGUGAUGACUGUGUAAUUCCAAAUUAUAAAUAUGAAGAAGAUGAUGUCUAUGUUGAAAUUAUAGAAAAUAAUAAUAUCACUGAUGGACAUAAUAAUCUACAAGAUAGCUUUGAAAAAAUCAAAAAAUUUUGCACGUCUUCAAAUGUUACUACUACAACGAAUAAAAAUAAAAAAUAUAAUAAUAAUGAUAAUAAUAAAAAAAAUGAUAAUAAAAAGAAUAUCAGUUUGUGUGAUGAGAAAAAGGAUGACAGUGAAAAUAAUAAUAGGAAGACACCAAAAAAUAGGAAUGAUGAUCUUAAGAAGAGUCAGAAUAUAAAUGAUAACAAGGUUGAGGAGGAAUAUAAAAAGAGUACAAAAUUAAAAAAUAAUAAAAAUAAUAAAAGUAAUAAAAGUAGUGAUGAUGGUUAUAUGAAGGAUGACGUUCAAAUUAAUAGCAUUGAAGCAACAAACCACAACACCAAUAAUAAUAAUAAUAAUAAUUAUGAUUGUGAUACAAUGUAUGAUGCUAAUAUUAAUGAGAAAUGUAAUAGAAAUAAUACUUAUAAAGAAAAGAGUUAUAUUAAUGUAGAUGGUUAUAAUGGUAAUAAGAAGAACGAUACUAAUAAUGACAAAAAUAAUAAUAACAAUAUGAAUAAUGAUAAACCUCAGGAUGAAUGCACAAACAAGAAAAAUGUUAAUAAUAGUAGUAAUAAUAAGAAUUAUAAUAAUGAUAAUAAAAAAAAAAAUAAUAAUAAUAACAAUCAUAAUAGUAAGAAUAAUAAUAAUAAUAAUAAUAAUAAUAAUAAUAACCAUAAUAAUAACAACAACCAUAACAAUAACAAUAACAAUAACAAUAAUCAUAAUAAUCAUAAUAUUUCAUAUAAAUGUGACGAAAAUGUGUUCCAAGAAUUUAACGAUUUUAUGAGAAAAAAAAUGUGGAUGGAAAAAUACUUACACAAUCAAAUAAACUGUUAUGAUGUUUUACUAGAAAUAAGGAAAAGGGUACCUACCUGGGGUGAUUAUAAAUGUAAUUUUUUUUUUCAUUGGAAGAAAAUUAUGGAAUUAAAUAAUGAUGAAUUAAAAAUUUAUGUAUUAAUAUUUAGAUCCUUAUGUAAUGAAAAUAUCAAAAAAAUCGAUUUUUAUAUUUUAAAAAUUAUCUUAAACGAAUUAGAUGAAUUAAGAAAAGUAAAUGAACCACAUUAUGUGUCUUUUGAGUUUACAAAAGAUUGUAUAAAUAAUGGAGAAACAACAUAUGUUGAUUCUUCUGAUGUAUAUUUUAAUAUGAAUCAAUUUAUACAACCAUGGUAUAUGAAAAAUUUUAAUAAAUCUAUGGAUAUAAAUAAAUUAUUGAAUUCAUUAGAUAUCUUAGAAAACCAAAGGAAAAAAACAUAUAUUGUUCAUGGCAUGGAAAUACCUGAACACCUUUUUAAUAUGUAUAAUAAUACUAACAAAAAUAAAGCUAAAAAAAAACAAACACAUCGUAAAAAAAAUGAACAUGAACAUCCACAUGAUCAACUAACUACACAUUCUGAUGUACGUGUAAAUAAUCAGGUAAAAAAUAAUGUUCAGAAGAAAUCGCAAAAUUAUAUACAUACAGAUGGAAAUAAACAGGAAAAAAACUGUAGAUAUUUAAAAAAAACAGAUAUAUUAUCAAAUAACGAACUUAUUAAUAAUAUGACACCCAAUUCGGAUAAUGGAAAGGCAAAAAAUAUAAAUAAAAAUAAAAAUAUCAAUGAAUCUGCAAAAAAGGCAUCAACUAAAUAUUGCAACAAAAAUAUUAGUAAUAAUAAUAAUACUAAUAAAACUCAUAAUAAAUAUGAAAAAACACCGAAAGAUUGUGAAACUAAACAAGUGAAUAAAACAUUAAAAAAAAAUGCUAACUCUACCAACACUAAUAAAGGCAAAAAAAGAACAGGAUUUUAUGAUUUAGAAAUUGAUGGAGUUAUUUCAUCAUUUGAAGCUAGAAAAGGUGUUUAUUAUGAUAAGUCCAGAAAACUAUGGAGAGCUAACUGGAAGGAAAAUGGAAAAAUACAAACAAAAGGUUUUUCAGUUAACGAAUAUAAAUCGGUUCAACUAGCUAGACAAAAGGCUAUUGAAUGGAGAGAGAAAAAAGAAGCUGAAUUAUUGUUAUAA